AUGAAUAUCUCCGUUUCGGUUUCAGGGGAGGAUGAGGAGUGGAGCGACUCGGAGAAGACCCCGUCGGUGAGCAGCGGCGUGGACGGUGGCGGUUCGGCGGUGUCGAGCCCGGUCGCGCCGCCGACGGUCGAAGAGGACUCGAGCUUGCCGCCCCCUCCGAGACUCAACCCCACGUCGUCCUCGACCAGCUCCUCCGCCAGCGAGGACAUCAGACGCCUCAACGUGCUCUCGGAGGACACAAGGAAGCGUCUGGUCAGCCUCAAAGAGGACAUCGAGAGGGGCAUAAGAGACCGUCAUGCGCCGUCCAGGAGCGUGCGGACGCGGGAAUCGAGUCCCAAGGACAUCGAUGAGGAGCAGAUGGCGAGAGAGGACGAGUGCCAGCCGAGGCCAUCGUCCUCGCUGUUGUCCGCCGCCGUCAAGCGGCGGGACUCCGUUUGCCGCAGGGACUCGGAGGACUCGAUCGCCGCCGGGGAGACCAAGAGGAUACGACUCGACGACGAGGCAGCACCAAGACUGAGACUCAAUACUAGUCUGGCGACGGAUCCCGCCCUACGACCCGCCACCGUCGCCGCCCUUACCGUGAAGCCCGAGAACACGUCGCCGCCGAAUCCGACGCCGCCGCUUCCGGCCGGACUGCAGAACGCGAUCGCGUCGGGCCGCCUGUUCGUCCUGCCGACCGACGGCAAGGAGACGAUCACGGUGGAGCCGGCCAGGCCGCCGCCGACCGCCCUGAUCUGCCCGCCGUGCGGCAUCCGGUUCAGCUCGGCGAGCACCCUCGAGGCCCAUCGUACCUUCUACUGCGCCCAUCGGCCGCGCGUGGACGAGGACGCGGCGAACGACGAGGACGACGACGGCGGCGGCAAGUCCGGCGGCAAGUUCGAUGUGCGGAAGGCGUACGCGUGCCCGCACUGCUCCUACAGCGCCGACAAGAAGGUGUCGCUGAACCGUCACAUGCGGAUGCACGCGGCGUCGCCGGCGCCGCCGACGAUACCGUCGUCGUACUCCUCGGCGGCCAACUCGGCCGGGGCUGGUCAAACCACCGCGGCCAACGGUUCCUUGAACGAGGAGGCCGAGAGAUACUGCAGGAACUGCGACAUUCGAUUCAGCUCCUUGAAGACGUACAGGGCGCACAAAACGCAUUAUUGCAGCACGAGGCACGUGGUAAAGGACACGAUGCCGACGCCGACGGCGACGCCGGCGUCGUCAGUGAAGGCGUCGCCGCCGACUAGCUCGAGUCCUGGUGACUCACCACCUCCGCAGCCGUGCUUGGCGCUGCCCACCAACCCCAUCCUCAUCGUGCCGUAUUCAUUGUUCCGCAGCGCGAGCGUCCUCGCCGCGCCAACACUUCCGGCCCCCGACACAGCGUGCUUCCUUCUGCCAAACGGUUCCCUUCAGCCAAUGACGAGGGGCCUCGCCUCCACGGCGCAGAACGCCGUGGUGGAGCCGUCGGCCGUCCUGAGGGCGGCGAACAAGCCCUCGACGCCGGCGUCGGUGGUCGUGGCGGCGUCCACGUCGCCGUCCGCCUCGGCGCCCCUCGAUCUCAGCGUGCGCAGAUCGCCGGUGCAUCAGGACGAGAAGGAGAACAGGAUGUCACCGGCGCCGUCGUCCCUGCCGCCGCCACCGGGCAGUCCCAGAUCCAGAGGCAGCGGCAGCCCCAGAACGAGGUCCACCGGUCCGACCGCCCAGACCGCCGCCGUCGCGCCACCCCCGCCCACGGAACUCGCCCUGAGACUCGCCGAACUGCCGCCGCCGCCCGUUCCCGGGGUGCUCGUCAAGCAGGGUGUCUCCAGAUGCAAGGAAUGCAAUAUCGUGUUCUGCCGACACGAGAACUUCGUCGCUCAUAAGAAGCACUACUGCCAGGCGAGGGAGACGACGGUGAGCAACAGUCCGCCGCCUCCCGGCACGCCCUCGCCGCCCCUGGUCCAGCUCAUCUGCGCCGCGUGCGGCAUCAAGUUCGCUUCCAUAGACAAUCUCGUCGCCCAUCAGGCGUUCUAUUGUCCCAAGAGGCCCGAGCCCCAGGAGCAUCACACGCGGUGUUCUAAGUGCAAGGCGAUGAUAGAACCCGGCAGCAGUCACACCUGCGCCAGCGGCGCGACCGGCGGCUGGCGAUGCCCGGUCUGCGGCGCCGUCAGUCCCACGGCCGGCGCCGCCCAGCGUCACAUGGACGCUCAUCAGGGCGUCAAGGCCUUUCGGUGCACGAUCUGUCGUUACAAGGGCAACACUCUGCGCGGCAUGAGGACCCACAUUAGGAUGCAUUUCGAGAAGCGCGGCACUGAUCUACAGGAGGAGAAUUACAUAACGUGUGUGCUGGACGACGAGGCGACGCUGCCGACGCCAGAGCCUGCGGCCGCCACGACGCCGGAGGAGAUCCCAGCCGAGAUUCAGGUGAACGGCAAGACGGAGAUACGGAAGAGCCCGCAGCCACCGCCGCCGCCGCCGCCGCCACCGCCGCCGCCGCCGCCGCCGUCGUCGGCGGCGCCGUUGGCUGCAGCGGUCGCCGCCGGCAAGGUGAAGCAGGAGCGCGAGGACACGCCGCCGCCGGAGGAGAGCCUGGAUCCGAGCAAGAGCGGGCCGCGCUACUGCCGCUCCUGCGACAUCAGCUUCAACUACCUGAGCACCUUCAUCGCCCACAAGAAGUUCUACUGCUCGAGUCACGCCGGCGAGGCGAGCAACAACAAUAAUAAUAACAAUAACAAUAACAACAACGCCAGCGGCCAUCCGACGACGCCGCCGACCGGCAGGACCGAGGCGUCGGUGCUCUAA